CAAGGAAGUAAACAGUGCAAUGAUUGACCAUGCAGAUAACUUUCUGUCACAAAAUAUAUUUCUAGAGUUAGAAGCAACCUGCAACGGGCUGUCCGUAAUGAUGCAUUCUAUAAUUAAAAGACCGUGUCGCGUAUAGAUCAAGGAAGGUGUUAAAGGGAGUGCUAUUUCAAAGCUUAACCACUGCAAACUCAUGCCGAAAUUGUUGCGGCGUUGUUGCAACCUAUGGAGGUUGUCCACUUUUGUUUAAACAUGCCUGGUUAUAUUUCGAAAACAGACUGAAUUCUCAUAGAUUAUCAAUCCUUAUAGAUUGUUGUUAUUUAGAUAAACAACGUCAGUAUCAAGUCUUUGUUCAACAUCACUGGUUUUCAAUAACACUGAAGAAACACCAGUAUGGAUUACGUUGCAACUGGCGGCAACGUAAAAGUGUUGGCAAAGGCAAUCCACUCACUGUCAAGAAUUGGAGAGGAGUUAUACUUUGAACCUCUGGAUGAUGGACUGGCGUUGCGCACGGUAAACUCCUCUCGUUCAGCAUUUGCCUGUUUCCACCUAUCUCCACUUUUCUUCCAACGAUUCCAUACAUCACCAGAGGACCGUUUCCGCUGCAAAAUGCCAAUAAAGAGUGUCCAGGCAGUGUUCAAAUCCCUCGCCUCGUUAGAAAAGACAGUUGAGAAGUGUCGUAUUGAGUGGAAACCCGCAGACAAGAGUCAACUCACAUUUACACUGCACUGCAAGCAUGGUUUGCUGAAGACACACAACCUGUCAUUCCAGGACUGCGAGAGUUUGCAGGCUGUGUUUGACAAAGAACAGUGUCCCAAUGUGCUUCAAGCUCAGCCAAGAUUACUUGUGGACACUGUUCUCCAUUUCCCCCCGUCUUUGGAGGAAGUUACAGUGUCUGUGAGUGGGGAUCGCAUGUGGCUGAAGAAUCAUGUGGAAGAGGACUCUGAUCAGUCCAAAGCCAUGAUGACGGAGCUGUGCUUGAGCUCAGAAGAGUUUGAUCACUUUGUUGUCAGCUUGCAAACCAGUAUCACCUUCUGCCUUAAGGAACUCAGGGGAUUACUAGUGUUUGCAGAAUCAACUGGUCUCCCAAUAUCAGUACACUUUGCUGAGCCUGGAAGGCCAGUGGUCCUGAGUGUGUCAGACAGUGUCCUGGAGGCUAACUUUGUUCUAGCUACUUUGUCAGAGGAUUCCCAUCACACGAAAAACACAAAACGCGCCCCAACUCCACCCCCUCCAGAUGACUUCAUGUGUGAUGACAUGGAUUCGUAUCUUAUUGCAAUGGAAACAAGUGAAAUUGCUGGACCCUCCACAGAGAUCAACCAACCACCAUGUUCGACCCAUGCCCCAACGAUGCCCAAUCACAAAUCACUUUUUGACAAUGAUCAGGAAGAGCAACAGGAGGAGGAGGAAUAUGAUUUAGAGAGACCACCAAAUAAAAAGUUCCGAUCUCUUUUCUUUGGAUCGGUCCUGCCGACACCCUCCCAAGUGUCCAACCAGACAUUGCAAAGCCAAGAUGUCCUGGCCAGUGACAGUGAAGACGAGAAAUCUCCAUAACCAACAGUGCUCCGAGUUCAGACUUCAUAAAUGCAAAUGUGUGUGAAAAAGUGUGAGAAAACCGUGACUAUUGCCGUCAGUAACAAAGACUGAUUCACAUACUCACACCAAGACAUGCACAUUUUAAUUAUGAUCAAUGUCAGUGUAAUUUCAGUUGAAGGUAAAGGAAAGAACAAUGGUUGGCCAUUCAAAUCACUGUACAGAACGAUUAAAAUGUUUUAUUUUCUCUGUU